CACGCUUUUGGCCAGGUUGCACAAAACAGCACUUACGCCGCACUAACAACCGCCCUGCGCCGCAGUCGUGAUUCAUUUACAGUGUAGUGCAUGCCUACGCAGUUAUAGCUGCUGACUCGCACGAACGAGCGAGAUAUCUAUCAGUACAGAUAGUGGCUCUCCAGCACGCCGUCACCGCAGCGGUGCCAAAAGCAAACAUGUUCGCCGCCAGGAAGGACUACGACCUGAUCUUAUUCGGCGUCACGGGAUUUACGGGAAGAUUAGCCGCCGAGCACUUAACAAAGACGGAACCGAACCUGCGGUGGGCCGCGUGCGCUAGAAACGAGGCCAAGGCGAAGAAGGUGUUGGAAGAAGUCAAAGCAACCCCAAGUAUUGAAAUCGCUGACUUAAUCUGCGAGAACGAAGAGCAAGAAACGAAACUGCGAAACGUCGUAAAAAAAACAAAAGUUUGCGCGACGUGCGCCGGGCCCUUCGAGAAGUACGGCAAGACCCUUGCUAAAUUAUGCGCGGAGGAGGGCGUGCACUACUGCGACAUUACGGGCGAAUCGGACUUCGUGCGCCACCUGAUCAAGGAGCACGACGCGACCGCGCGGAAGACCGGAGCUUGCAUCGUCGCGCACUGCGGCAACGACUGCGUGCCCUGGGACCUGACUGUAUUGAAAUUGCACGAGGAGGCCGUCAAGCGCAACCUCAAGCUCACGCAAGUGGACACUUAUACCGAACUGCCGCCGUCGUUUGCGGCGUCGGGCGGUACGGUGGCCACGGCCCAGUUUCAAUUAGGCAAGGCUCGGUCAUCGUCGAAGCCGGACUUCGAUCCAUUGGUUACGGAUGCGAAGGGCGCCAAAAGUACCUAUAGCACGACGAAUAAGAGCCCAAAGGCCGACGCGCCCUGCGCCGAGUUUAACGGGCGGAGCGCGGGCCCCUGGAUCAUGGGUCCCGUCAUGGCCAACUGCGUGCGGCGGUCGAACGCUUUGCUGGGCUACGCGUCGUCCUUCACCUACUCCGAACGAGCUCUGCGCGAGGAGAAGUUUUCGGACCGCAUGUCGCAAAAACUUUUUACCUAUAAAGUCGGGGCGGCGAUUCUGUCCCCAACGUUGUUUGGGGGCCUCGUACCGAAGCCCGGCGAGGGCCCGUCGCGCGAAAACAUGGAGGCGGGCUGGCUGCGCGUGCACGGUCGGGCGUCGUGCGACGACGGUACUUAUUUGGAAUCGACGUAUUUUGUGGACGAGGACACGGGCUACCUGGGCACGGCGAAGAUGCUCGUCGCCUGCGCCGUCUUGCUGGCCAAGGGCGCCAACAAGACUUCUGGUGUUGUGACGCCUGCCGUCGGUCUCGGGAGUGCGCUGCUCGAGCGCCUCGAGAAGACGACGCCCGCGUCCUUUGAAAUUUCUGAAGGAACUGCGCCUGUGAGGGGCUCCACGCCGCCGUCGGGCAAGUUCUGCCUCUUUUGAGCUUUGAGCUCUCGCUCGCGAAACACGGCAUCACGUCCCCUUUCCCUUCUUCCACCCCCUGAUUUCACCGGACAUGAUGUUUGCUCUAGCCGAGCGAGCGGCACACUGUGGGGAGUAAUGUGAAACGAUUCGA